UAGAUGCAGGUAUACAAGGAUUUUCUUUCAAUUGAGGCGUCUAGUACAGUACCGGUAUUUAAGAUUAGCGUUUGUGUCGUAGACAGAUACCGCUGAGAAACCUUUUUUAAAUAAUAUUAAAAUUGAAUAUUUUAUUUUCAUAAAAAAAAUAUUGAUAAUGGAUAAACGUACUUCAAAAAGUGUAAAACAAGCCUUUGGUACAAAUUUUCAACAAUACUGUGAACGUCAUAAAAUAAUAUUAAAACAAGAUAAGUGUGGUACUUAUAUGGCACCUAAUGCUGAUGUUCUGACAGAAUGUAUAGAUGUUCUUGAUCACAUAAAGCUUCAAAUAAACAAAAGACUAAGAAAAAUAGAGAGGCUUAAACCACCUUUGAAGCCUAAAGAUAAUAAAAAUUAUUCUAAUAAAGAAAAUAAGGAACAUAAGAAAAGAUUACAUAAGCAAAAAGAGGAACAUGUAUUUCGUAAAAAAUCCAAAGAUAUGUUGCCUAAUGCAUUUUUCAUCGAUUUAUCUUUACAAAUUUACGUAUAUGAUACAUCUCCCAUUGUACCUAGUUAUACAAUCCAUACUGCUCCAAAAGAUUAUAUUCUAAAUACAGCAAAAACUGGAAAUGAGAUAUAUGAAUUUAUUAUACAAAACGUUUUGAAAAAAGUUAACAUUUCCAAUUAUGAAUCUUCUGUUCCGUUUAUUGUUCCUCUUUUGCAACAACUUCAGAAGAGACAUAAAAAUUUUCAUUACAAUAGGGUUUUCAAACAAUUGACCCAAGAUCUAAAAUUUAAUGAGAAAUCAAAUUGCAUACAUGAAAUUCCUAUAAAGCAUUUAAGAUCAUUCUUUAAUUUUAUUUUUGCUAACGUAGUCCCUUUAGGCUUAUUUGGAAAAUUGACAAAUCUAAAAAAAGUAAGAAAAGCCAUGUCUCAUCUUUUAAUUACACCACGUUUUAAAUCUUUUGAUUUGUUGCCUCUUAUUUUGAAACUAGACAUUUCUAGUAUUGCCUGGUUAAAGAACUUACAAACUUUAAAGACACAGUGGCUCGUUUUAGCAAAAUUUAUUAAAUGGUUCUUUACUGGAUUUCUUAUAAAAAUAUUAUGUAUUCAGUUUCACGUAACAACAGUAUCUACACGCAAUUAUCAAAGAUUAUAUAUUACACGUUCAAAUUGGUGCUCUGUUCAAAGACAAUUUAUUAAAAAAAAGAUACUUUCAAAUGCUUUGCAACCUGAAGUUAAAUAUAAACAAUGGACUCCACCAAUAGGAACCUUUAUGUUACGUCCCAAAGGUUCUAGUGUACGUCCCAUAUUUCUAUCUAAGUAUAAAGAAAAAGAUAAAAGUGAUAUUCGUAUAGUUUUCAAGUUUCUAAAGCAGUUACAAAUUACAGAGUAUGGAGAAACUAGUUUUCAAGAAAAAUGGAAAUCAGUUAUGAAACUCAAACAUACUUCAAAAACUAAAAAAUUCUAUCUUAUAUCUUCUGAUGUAAAGGAUGCAUUUGGUUCAAUAAUACAGGGGCACUUGUAUAAUAUUAUACGAUCGCUUUCUAAAAAUCUUCCUAAAGUUUUACUAAUCAGCACCUAUGCAGUUAAAAGUGCUGGGAAGUCUAUAGAUAAUAACACUUUGUGUUAUAAAGAAUAUUUUUCAAAUGGAAAUUUACAAUUACCUUUAUCAGCUGGUACACUAUAUGCACGUACAAGUCAUAGCAAUUCAUUAAGAAUGCAGAAAAGGUGGCUGCUACAAAGAAUUCGGAAAUAUAUCUUUCAUCAAAGGGUACAAGUAGGUAAACAAACAUACAUUAUAGGCAAAGGAGUAGUUCAGGGUACAAUGUUGUCACCUAUUUUAUCAGAGAUAUAUUACAAUUUUGUGCUUCAAAAACAAAUGACAUUAUUUACAAAUCGUGGUGAAAUUAUAAGAUAUGUAGAUGAUAUUUUAUAUAUUACUGAUAACGAAGUGUUUGCAAAACAAUUUUUACAAUUUGUGCAAGAAGGUAUUCCACAAUACAAUUGUUACUUUAAAAAAUUAAAAACACAAAGCAAUAUUGCAAACAGUACAAAUACAAUUACUUAUAUUGGUUAUAACAUUAAUUGUGAUACUUUAGAAGUAGAACCUAAAUAUACGAAUACACGUUUACAAUAUAUUGCGAGAUUAUCCAUAAAAAAUAAUUUAACAGUCAUGAAAUGUUUUGAAAAGCGGGUUUGUAGUAUGCCAUGUUUAAAGUUAUCAAAAGUUGUCUUAGACAGUCAUGUUAAUACUAAAAAAACUGUAACAAAAAUAUUGCAACAAGCAUGUUUACUACAAGCCAAACGUACACAAGCUUUAAGAAGACAAUUAUUUAAUGACGUUCAGCAGAAUGCUAGGAGGAUAUUUAUAAUUAUUAAAAAUAGUAAUAUAAAAAUUACAAAGUAUAUUUUAAAAAUUUUAUUAACAUUUCAUGAAAAAAUGUGGCAAAGUACACAACGUAUAUGGUAUAAGAAAAUUCUUAAAAUGUUAUGGGUAUCUUAUAAAAAUAUUUUUAAAAAGGAUAAGAUGUUUAAAAAAUAUUUUCAGAAAAUUUAUAUACAAUGAAUACUAUGAGUUAAGAGACAAAUAUUCUAUUACGUUACUUUUAUUAGAUAUUAUGGAAAGUUAUUGCUCAUACUUUACUAUUAUCUUCUUUGUUUACAUAUAGUUUCAAAUAUUAUAUAUCGCAUUAUGUUUAUAUAAUCAAAUUUGAAAAAUGAAGUUUGGAUCUUAGCAAGAUUCAUUGAAUUUACUUUCAGGAUUAUGAAAGGUAGUGGAAUAAUUAGUACAAGAAAAUUCAAGAAACAAUAAUUUUUUUAUUUUUCCCAUAUCUUUGAAAUAA